AUGUCGGGUAAGGUGCCCAGUGAAGAUCUGCUUUCUCACAAGUGGGACCAAGUAAUCUCCAAUAUCGUCGUCAAGACUGGACUGGGUUUAAGCGCUGGCAUCGUCGCUUCAGCUUUGUUGUUCAAGAAGCGAACAUGGCCUAUUGCUAUCACCACCGGUUGGGGUUUUGGUGUGGCCUAUGCUGACGCCCAGCGUGUAUUCCAUCCUCAUCAUGUUCCAGGCGUGCAAUUUGAAAAGAAGAAGCCCGUUGUUUAG